AUGUCGUCAGUAGUCAGCGCUCUGGCGCUACUGAUCAUUUGCUGUGUCGGACUAAGCGCGGGCCGUGUAGUGCAUCGCAUCAGUGACUACAAUAAACCGAUGGCGGAACCGGUACGCCAGUGUCGUACCAUUUGCCUCGCAAAGCAUCUGCACGACGCGAUCAACAACGUUGUCGUGACGGACGAGUGCACAGAUCGGCCAAACUGUUUCAUGUGCUGGGAUUAUUGCAAAAUUUUGCACGAAGAGAAGCGCAUCGUUCGCGAUCUGAUGUGCAGCGAUGGGAUUUGUUAUUCGGGAUGCAAAACGGCGUGCAUGUACUACACCAACUUCUUCAGCGACUUCUUCCGAGAGCACAAGCACAAGCUGGCCGCCGCUGGCAGUCCUCGCCCGGGACCGAGUGUUCCAACAAUAGUAACACCAACAGUGGCACCAUGA